GCAUUAUUAUACUCAUACAUUAUUAUCUUUUGCGACUAACAAUUUGGGCAAAUAUAAGAUACUUUAGGCGAAUAAUGAUCCACAAUACUGCUCGAAAAACGAAGCAAUUUUUAUAAGAAAAUAAUAAUGUUAAUGCCAUGAAAUGGUUGACUUAAUCACCAACUUUAAAUCCCGUCGAAAUGUUGUCGAAAAACCACCUAAUUUGAAUGUUUUUUUCGAUAUUAUUUAUAAAACAUUCUACUAAUGUCAGUCGGUGCAUAAAAUUUGUAGAAUCAAUUCCAUAGAGAUGUACAAAAGUUAUUAAGAAUAGAGACAAAUACUAACUUAAGUUUAUAGUAAAUAUGUAUUUGUUAGCGCCAACGUAUUUUGGAGGGUCGUUGAGGGCAAUUAGCCUGUGCUAUUUUGCCUUCUGUCACAGACGCUGAUAAUGCGGAUUUCUCAAACGUGGAGAAUCAGCAUAUUAGAAAUAUAUAUAGAGCGAACGCGCAGCGGCGCGAGACUAAUAAUAAUAUACGCGAAACGAACUGUUCACCGUUUUGUUUACUGACCAGUGGUAGUUAAGUAUUUGUGUUUAGGAGUGUUUACCCAAAUUUAUUUGUAUAAUUGUGAAUAAAUAAAAGUAGUAUUUGUCGUUGACGAUCUAUCAACGGCAAAUCGUUUCUUUUUAAAAAAAAGUGUUCUUCAUUGAGGACGUGAUAUAAAUAAAAUUGGUGGCAGCGGUGGGAUCACUCCAGCAUCGCCACGAGAGGAAAUACAAGUGGCUGACCUGAAACAACGGAUACUGACUACCCCGUAAACAACGGAGAGACAACAGCUAGAAAAAGCAACUGUAAGUACGUUCCAAUUUACUACUUACAGAAGCGUACCGACAUACUCUUCGGACACUAGCUCAGAUUCAUCAAAUUCAAUUGAAUCCGAAAUGGCAACCAAUAACCUUGACUUGAGCGAUAUACACAAUGCGGUAGAAGAAGUAGUUAGGGAGACCAGAACUAGUAGACACCCAUCGGUCACAACUGACGAUGAGGAUGUUCUGACACCUAAGGAGGCUAUCGAAGUAAUACGAGACUUCGAUGGAAAGUCACAAAGUGUAGAAUCAUUUAUAGCCGAAAUCGACGAAGUAAAGAGACUAGUACCUCGUGAGAAACAAAACUACUUCCUCCGUCUAAUAAAAGCGAAAAGAAUAGUAGGAACGGUAGCACGCGAAAUGGAAGCGUACACCACUGAUACGUAUAACGAAUUCUUCGAGGCACUUCGGUUAAUGUACGCUAGUACGCAACCAGUCGAGGUUUGGCAGAAUAGUAGAUCGCGAUGUUUUCAAAGACGAAACGAAACGGUAACACAAUACGCUAACCGAUUUCUGGAAAUCCAAAACAAAGUAUUAAGCUGUACAGUAAAUUCGGAAGAAUCGGUAGAAAACAAAAGGGCAUACGCCGAGUAUGAGAGAAAACAGGGUCUCCGGCAAUUCAUAUUGGGGUUACGAACAGAAUACGCGACCGAAGUAAGAGCACAAGUCCCUAAAAACAUUCGGCAAGCAAUCGCGAUCGCGCAAACCUCCGAAUCGCAACAAAUGACCCGCGAAAUGAUGAUGCGCCAACUAGAACCACAAAGCGAUAGGAGAAACAUAUCACGAAACGCUAUUAACAACAGGGACCGUAAAGAUAGACCCACCGACAGACGCGACAUACCGACCUGCAAUUACUGUAAGAGGCUAGGACACCUAGAACAAGAAUGUAGAACCAAAAAAUAUCACGAAGAAAGAUCUAGGCAAACACAAAAUUUUCGCAACGCCCAAUACCCAAAACCACCGGAUCGAGUCCACGACAUCCAGACGGACCCGGACACCCCUCUAGAAUAUACGCUGUUGGAAACGGAAAAAGAACAAUUAGACUAAAAUUCGACGAGAUGACCCAACCGGCUUCAUUCUUAAUCGAUUCCGGAG